AUGACACGACGAGACGACCUUUUCGCUAACGCAGACGAUUCGGAUGCGUCGUAUUCCCCUGAGGACGAAUUCGACAGCGAUGAGCUCUUCGACAGGAAUGAAGCCGACGGCUCGGACGCGGAGACGGAGGCAACGGACGUCGAGGACCUGGGCUUGGAUGGCGACACUGGGUGUAUCGACGUCGAUGUCGAAGACCAGAUCCAGCUCUUCGGUGGCAAUGUCCAUCCACCUGGAUAUUAUCGGCAAGCUAUCGAAGAGUUCAACGAUACCGCCUAUGAAACCCAGGAUUACAGUGACGGCAGCCUACUACUUCUAGACGCAUGUGAGGAGCAGUGGCGCCAGUACUGCAAGAUUCUACGGCGCGACCCUCGGGAAUGUUUGGAGUCCAUCCCGAAGUCCAGCUCUCUGCGGUUGCUAUACAACUUCUUUGACUGGAGGCUCAACCAAAAGGUCGGCAAGGAUGGCAGGAAGAUGCGAGGAACCAAAACGAGCAGCUCGUUGGGCACAUACUGGAAAGUCUUUCGCCUCGUCUUUGAGAGAGCUAUAGGGGACAAGCUCGACCCCAAGAUGAAUCGGCACAUGCACAAGGUGCUUCGAGAACUCGCCAAAAAGCACGGUCUGAGCGACCAGAAACGAGUGAACAGGUGCAUGACGAUCGAGGACCUAAAGGAGCAGAUCGAAACGACGAUUAGCACUACAAAGAAAUCUUUCAAACUGGGCGAGCUCCGUAUUCUCGCCGUUCUCUUUCUCCUCCUGCUCGCUCCCGCGGGAGCUCGUCCCACAUCUAUCCUGCGUAUGCGAUUUGGAGACGUCCUACUUGCGUUGGCGAGAGACCCAGAGGACGGGCCGCAUAACAUUCUAAUUCGGUUCACUCUGGCCUUCACGAAGACUUACCUCGGCCUCAAAGACGCGAAAACCUUUACACUCCCCGAGACCUUGUACGACCCAUCCUUGCUUCUUAGCCCUCAUGCCUUCUUAUUGGGGAUUUUAUUUCGCCAUCUCGCUUUUCGAGCGUCUAGUCUCACAUCACCGGAACAGCUAGCGAACCUCGAUAUCCAUCCGGGGGAGCGGGAGCUACCUCUGCCGCUAAGGGACGAUAUAAAAGACAAAUACAUUUUCCGUCGAGCCGUCAAGACCCUUAUCGGGUUUGACAUCUCCGAGGACAAACCUAUCACGUACCAGAUGAUGGCGCAGUGGAUCAGAAGGAUCGGUGAGAUCUUGGGGCUAGAGUACCCUACUAUCCCAUACAACCUGCGCUAUAAUGCAGCCAACGAGUUUGAUCGAAGCGCCGAUAUCAGCGAGUCACUACGGAACCUUGCGCUGGACCAUGCAAACUCGGUCCCCUUUCAGAAGCACUACCUAGGACGCGAGGUCUGUGCAGAUACAUGGGGCAUUCUCCGGGGACAAAAGCCACAGCAAGCCUUGAUCAGACAGGCCUGCAGUGUCGGUCACUCGAUAAGCAAGCGGCGGCCGACUGACCUUACAGUUGAGCAGGCAGCAUCGGUGAACACUCAUCCUCUGAUCAAGCGAUUGGAGCGAGGUCUUCGAGGGCUACGUCAAGGGUCGGAAAAAUACAAAGAGGCCCGCCGCAAGGUGAGAAACGAGAAACAGAACCUAAAGAGGGCACUCAAGCAGCAGAUCCGAGACGAAUGGACUGCUGAGCAGGCGGUUGACGACAUUGAGCGACAAUUGCAAGGUAUUGGAUUCGCUAAGCAGGCGGCCGUGGACACGUCCUCUCGACCUCAGCGACCGGCUCAAAAGCGACUGGUGGAAGCACUCACCGCUCCCCUUAGCGACACGCUCGAAGGCCAGUUUCGGCGGAGAGACAACGCUAUCAACGCGGUCAGUGCGUAUUGCGUCGUCGAAGAAGGGCCAACCGUCCGCCGCACAAACACGUCGUCAGCUUACUCCAGCGGGCGUGCCGCCGUUGGCGAGCCUCCAGCCGAGAGCCCUCUAUAUGUGGCGCUGAUGUCAGUCUUCGUCAAGACAAAGCAGGAGAGACCGAGAAGAUGCUUCAUAUGUGUCGGCAAGGCACUCACCUUAGCGGGUGAUGAUGGAGCUGUCCGGGAUCUCAUCCACGAGUUCUACACUUCUGGUGACUUGACUAAGCACCUUCGACGCAAACACUUGUCGAAUCUGCGGGACGGCGACAAGAUCCAGUGCCAUGUUUGCGACCUGUCACUUGACCACAAAAUGCACCUCAAGAACCAUGCUCUGCGAGUACACGGAACCGUGCCUUAA